AUGCCCAAGAGAAAGGUUAGCGCAGAUGGAGCGGCGAAGGCGGAGCCCAAGCGGCGCUCCGCGAGGCUGUCGGCCAAGCCCGCCCCUGCCAAGGUGGACGCGAAGCCGAAGAAGGCCGCGGGAAAGGAUAAACCGUCAGACAAAAAAGUGCAAACCAAAAGGAAGAGGGGAGCAAAGGGCAAACAGGCUGAGGUGGCUGACCAGCAGACCACAGACGUGCCUGCAGAAAAUGGAGAGGCUGAGAACCAGAGUCCAGCCUCUGAAGUCGAAGAGAAAGAAGCCAAGUCCGACUAACCAUCCAUCGUGUCUGUCAGUGUCCCGCCUCCCUUCUUGUACAAUCCAGAGGAAUAUUUUUAUCAACUAUUUUGUAAAUGCGAGUUUUUUAGUAGCUCUAGAAACAUUUUUAAAAGGUGGGAGGAAGUCCCGCCUCAUCCCAUUUUUUAAGUGUAAAUGAUUUUUUUAAGAGGUUAAAUCACUUGCUGGUUGUUUAUUUUUUGGUACAACCAGAAAAGAGCAGGAUACUGAAUCAGGAGAGGCUGUGAGUGUCUCGGGGAUCACCAUAACAUUCCGUAGAGGGGGCUAGUUUUAUAUCCUACAACACAAAGCAUACUUGGAGUCUUGGCCGUGCAUUUGUGUCUGGAAUAUUUUCAGUUAUUUCUGGUCUCGUGUUUCUAGUAGAACUGUAUCCUAAAAACCAUUCCUCGGUCCUUGCCCUGUCAGAACUGUCUCUGGUCACGGCAGUCCAUUUUCCUAACAAUUGUGAUAAUGUGCUGUGAAAGAUUGAAAUUUUGAAUAUGUACUGUAUGUGGCAUAAAAUUGUGAGUCAGUGGAAUUAAGAA